UCAAAUUAACAUCUAGUUCACUUUUCAUUCCUAGUAUCAAAGAAUAGUUAAUUAAUCAUGGCUUCUAAUUUGCAAAGUUCAUGGAAAAUUAGCCUCUAUUUUUCAGUCGGAUUCUUUGUAUUAUUAGAAAUGGUGAGAUUUUCAAAUGGAUAUCCUACUUACUUCAAGCCAACCCAAUGGAAGAUUGCUCAUGCUACUUUUUAUGGUGAUGAGAGUGCCUCUGCGACAAUGGGAGGAGCUUGUGGAUAUGGAAACUUGUUCAACAAUGGGUAUGGUACAGAUACAGCUGCCUUGAGCACGGUAUUGUUCAACAACGGAUAUGGUUGUGGGACAUGCUACCAACUAAUGUGUGCAAAUUCAAAAUGGUGCAAUAAAAAACGUGGUGGUGGUUAUGGCUAUGGUGGUGGACCAACUUCCAUUACCAUCACUGCCACGAAUCUGUGCCCUCCGAAUUGGGGUCAGUCUAACGAUGCUGGUGGAUGGUGCAACCCGCCUCGAGUGCACUUCGACCUCUCCAUGCCUGCAUUUAAGAAACUUGCAUUUUGGAGGGCUGGCAUCAUUCCAGUCCAGUACCGGAGGGUUCCAUGUGCGAAGAGAGGAGGCAUAAGAUUUAGCUUCCAAGGGAACAAUUACUGGUUGUUAACAUACGUAAUGAACGUUGGUGGUGCUGGUGACAUAGCUCAAAUGUGGGUAAAAGGAAGCAGAACAGGGUGGAUUAGCAUGAGCCACAAUUGGGGAGCUUCAUACCAAGCCUUUGCUCAAUUAGGAGGCCAACGCUUAUCUUUCAAACUUCAGUCAUACACCACUCGUCAGACUAUUGUUGCCUAUAAUGUUGUCCCUCCUUACUGGAGCGUAGGCAUGACUUAUCAAGCUAAAGUUAACUUCCGAUGAUUAAAUCUUAUGUAUCUUUUUCUCUUUUCUCCAAUGUUAUAGCAGCAUACAUUGUACGUACGUAGAUCUUGAUUCUAAUGUGGCCUUGCUGUUGGCCCUUGAACAGGAUCAAAAUUUUCUUUUUUUUUUCCUCCAUAAGUGUACUUUAUUUUAAGAACAUUUGCUUUGUAAUUGUAUCUAAGUGUAGCCGAAAAAGGAUUGUGAGUGGCUCCAAGAUACAAAAGAUAAUACAAACGUGAAGAUUUUCAAUUUGUAUCAUACUUUCUUUCCAAAUUUUCCAAUUUUUUUGUUGGAUGUGGUAAAUAUUUAUGGAUUGUGCUGCUUUAUAUUAAUCUCAUGUCAUUUAUUUCAUGUCAUUUGAGUUUCUUUUACAAAAUAAGCGGUGGU